AUGCUCCUCCGCCAUCCCUCCCUCCACCCCGACGAAACAAGAGCAUCAACCGCCAACAACCAAGACAUCUUCCCCAGCAUGUCCUCUCACCCAGCCCCCAGCCCACACCAAGACCAAGACGACACCGAGCCCGAAAACGGCCAGUUCGACGACGUCUGGGGCGACGAUGAAGACAAUGACUUUAUCCCCUCUUCCACCACCACCGUCUCAUCCUCAUCAGAAAGAGAACGUGACAUCAACCGCCUCAAAACCCUCCACUCCAAAACCGGCUACAUCAACGGCAUCACCCACGCCAAAUCCACCUCCGUCCAAGCCGGCUUCGACGAGGGGUUCACCCUCGGAGCCAACAUCGGCUCUCGGGCCGGGAUCCUCCUAGGCAUCAUCGAAGGCUUCGUGGCUGCUUUUGGGCUGCAGUCUAUUUCCACUUCUCCACCUCAGCCAUGGGAAACCGCAGAGUGGGGGCGGUUAGAGGUCCUUCUCAACGAAGCCAGGCGAGAGCUUGACGUGAGAAGUGUUUUUGCCAAGGACUGGUUUUGUGAGGACGGGACGUGGAACUACCCCGUUGGUGACGAGGAAAGCGGCGGGGAGGUGCUCUUCCCGGAUGUGGCGGCUUCUCACCCUCUGAUCAAAAAGUGGGAUGCGAUUGUCAGGCGGGAAGGGGAGAGAUUUGGACUUGAUUGGAAUGUUUUGAGAGAUGAGGAGGGCGUUGAGAGGGGACAUGAGUACGAUCAGGAAGAGGAGAACAGCAGACAAGGGAACCAGCCUGCUGUAGCAAAGACUGGAAAUCAGGCUCUUGCCUGGUAA